UUUGUGUUGUUUAGUAAGCUAAAUCUAAAAAACAAAAUAUAUAUAAUUAUGACAAUUAUACGUAAUUGACUUUCAAAGGAAAUAAUCUCUCAGAGUUGUACUUUGGUCACCUCGUGCACUUUCACUGCUCUCGACUUGCACGAGCCUCCCUCGUUUCUCUCGCGUUCUUCCCCCGCGAGCAAGAAAGCGGGGAGGAGGGAAAAUGCCACUGAUUUCGUGAUUGCUGGAUGGUUUCAGCGUGCGUGGCUGUAGUCUAUCCACGAGCAGCUCCGUCCCGGCCUCGCGCUGACCUCGCCUCUCCGACCGAGCGCUUCUGUCACUUUAAAACUUACCGCGGGGAGCCUCGUGCAACUUCCGAACGGUGAACACGCGAGACAGGUCCCCCUCCUCCUCCUCCUCCACCUUCUCCUCCUCCUCAGCGCAUCUCCCUCGCAUGGGACAGCACGGGACAAGAGAGGAUCCACUUUAACGGGACAGUCAGCGCCUCUCACACAGACAGAGACACUCCUACGCGCUCAGGUCAGGCGUAAAUAGUGGAAGAUCCUUCCAGUCCCUCUUUUUUUACGCGUAGUCUUUCUUUCACAAUCUGAUGCCAGGAAGAGCGACAGUGAAAGAAACGAAAAUCAUUUGCUCAGUGAACAAACCGACACCUGGAGACUUUCAACCGCAUGAUUCGUGGAAGCACAGGCUGAAGUUGGACGAAGUUUUUUGUCCGGGGGGAAAUUUAGCGUGUCGUCCACUUGAUAAGAGCAAAGCGAGAGGAGAGAGGUGGCGAAAUCUCUAGGCAUUUGCCAAAUUGUUUCUUCUUCUUCUUUCUUCUUCUUCUUCUUCGGCAAGAGACACGGUGUACAUGUCGCAAAACACAACAAACCGAGCGGUCUCGUAUCAGCUUCAUUCGUGAAUUUGUGUGCGUUUUGAUGCCGUUUCAGUGAGUCAUUCUUCCCAGAGAGAUUUCCGUGGAGUUCUUAAGGCGGAGCAGACAGGUUUGGAUGGGCGCGUGUUUGAUCGCAGGAGCUGGCUAAGGCACGUCCAGAUCUCUCCAUUCACUCUUCAAUACAACCUCACAGCCUGCCAGAUACAUGAGCAGAUCUUUUACAGAGUGGUUCGAGAGGUUCAGCCGGGUGAAGAACUCUUACUGUUCAUGAAGGCUGAGGAGUUUUCAUGCGAGACCAUGGCUCCAGAUAUACACGAGGAGCGUCAGUAUCGUUGUGAGGACUGUGAUCUAAACUUUGAGUCUGGUUCGGAGCUGUUGGAUCAUCAGAAGCACGCAUGCGGUACACCGCCUUCCUCCGGCUUCAAGUUGUCCAAACAGGGUCUGCCUAGUGUUGGGGAUGCCCCUGAUCAUGACCCCCUGCACCUACACACUCAUCCUCUGAACUUACCUCACUCCCCACAGGAGUGUAAGGAGUGUGAGCAGGUCUUUCCUGAUGCUCAGAGUCUGGACACUCACUCUCUGUCUCACUCUGAUGAGAGGGAGUAUAAGUGCGAUCAGUGCCCAAAAGCCUUCAACUGGAAAUCAAACCUGAUUCGCCACCAGAUGUCACAUGAGAGCGGCAAGCACUAUGAAUGUGAAAACUGCACAAAGCAGGUGUUCACAGACCCCAGUAACUUACAGAGGCACAUCCGCUCUCAGCACGUGGGGGCACGAGCUCAUGCUUGCCCUGACUGUGGAAAAACCUUUGCCACCUCCUCGGGCCUUAAACAACACAAACACAUCCACUCCUCCGUCAAGCCCUUCAUAUGUAAGUCACUCAGACCCUUCAUAUGCGAGGUCUGCCACAAAUCAUAUACACAAUUCUCAAAUCUGUGCCGCCACAAGCGUAUGCAUGCAGAUUGUCGCACGCAGAUCAAAUGUAAAGACUGUGGCCAGAUGUUCAGCACCACAUCCUCCCUAAACAAACAUCGGCGCUUCUGCGAGGGUAAAAAUCAUUUCGCUGCCGCCGCAGGAGGGUUAUUUGCCCAGGGCAUGGCACUCUCUGGUACCUCUGGCCUGGACAAGUCGACACUGGCUGGAAUGAGCCAUGGGAGUCCUGGUUUAGCAGACUAUUUUGGGACAAACCGACACCAUGGUGGGUUGACAUUCCCAGCAGCCCCUCCAGCAUUUCCAUUCAGUUUUCCAGGACUAUUCCCAUCAGGACUUUACCACCGUCCCCCUCUAAUCCCAUCCACAUCGCCAAUUAAUGGCCCUCAAACCACAGAACUUCAGAAGAGUCCACUGCUGUCUUCACCCAUUUCUGGGUCACAUGACUUCUUGAAGAGUUUCCGUAAGGACUCUUUUAAUGGGGAGGGAGAGGGUAUAGAGCAUCAGAGAGAAGGAUCCGUCUCCAAGCCACGGCAGAGUGGGAAGAUGAGCGACCAAUCAGAGAGUAGCGAUCUGGAUGAUGUCAGUACUCCCAGCGGGAGUGAGCUGGAGAGCACUUCAGGAUCAGAAUUGGACAGUGAAGCCGAGAGUGAUCGGGAACGGGUGCGAGUGCGGGAAAAUGGGAAAGGACCAAAAAGGAAGUCUAGUGGGUUCAAUGAUGCCCAGAGCCCAACUCUUAUCAGUUCCAGUGUUAAUAGCAACACUGGUAAUGGAAAAGACUUCCCGACACCGGGGCUCAUCCAGCCAUCUUUGGACGAGCACACUGCUGUUUCUGGUGCUGUUAAUGACUCAAUCAAGGCCAUUGCUUCCAUUGCAGAAAAAUACUUUGGUUCUGCUGGACUUGCAGGCCUGCAAGACAAAAAAGUUGGGGCACUUCCAUAUCCUUCCAUGUUCCCUCUCUCUUUCUUUCCUGCCUUCUCUCCUUCUGUCUAUCCCUUUCCUGAGAGAGAGCAACUUAGACCUCCAGGCCACAAGGGGGAGCCAGAAAGCCCUCCAAUUGUGGCUAAAAAACCUAAAGACAGAAACGCAGAAUCACCUUUUGACCUCACCACCAAGCGUAAGGAAGAGCGUCUUGCCUUCACUUGUACUUCGUUGAAACUGGAAGCCUCCCACGUACAAUCAGCCAAUCAGGACCAGCCAUUGGACCUAAGUCUUGGUGGGCGAAAUCGAGGCAAGAGUGCGAGAGGGGAGGAGUUAAGAAAGAACCCCAUCUUCGGUGAGGAGAGGGUGGAACCAGAGCCACCCAAGGCCGACCCCUCCCUCCAGCAUGCGAGACCCACCCCUUUCUUCAUGGAUCCUAUUUACAGCAGGGUUGAGAAGAGAAAGAUGAAUGAUCCCUUCGAAGUCCUAAAGGACAAGUACAUGCGACCAGCUCCCGGAUUUUUAUUCCACCCACAGUUUCGCAUGCCUGAUCAGAGAACAUGGAUGUCAGCAAUUGAGAACAUGGCCGAAAAGCUUGAAUCUUUCAGCACUUUGAAGCCAGAUGGCGGUGACAUCAUGCGUUCCGUUCCCUCAAUGUUCGACUUCCGGGCUCCACCCACCACACUUCCUGAGACACUAUUACGCAAGGGAAAAGAGCGCUACACCUGCAGAUACUGUGGCAAGAUAUUCCCACGCUCGGCCAACCUUACAAGACAUCUACGGACACACACAGGAGAGCAGCCUUACAGAUGUAAGUACUGCGAUCGUUCAUUCAGUAUUUCGUCAAAUCUUCAGCGUCACAUCCGUAAUAUCCAUAACAAAGAAAAACCUUUUAAAUGCCACCUCUGUGACCGCUGCUUUGGCCAACAAACCAACCUGGACCGCCACCUCAAAAAACACGAGAAUGGUAAUUUAUCAGGAACAGCGAUGUCAUCACCUCGAUCAGAGCUGGACAGUAGUAGUGCCAUCCUGGAGGACAAAGAGGAUUCGUACUUUAAUGAAAUCCGAAAUUUCAUCAGCAACACAGCACAGAAUGCCACGUCUCCGUCACAUUCGGAGGAAGGGUUGAAUGGCAGUCAUUUUGAUGGCGACAAGGCCCUGCCUGGCCAGGGGUCUCGAGACCUGGAUGAGGAAGAAGGGGAGGAGCUUGAAGGAGAGGAAGAAGAGGCGGAGCAUGGCGACAGUGUCAGGAAACCCAGCGAUGAGGGUGUGACUAGCAAUCUGGACCACGACAUCAUAAACGAUGACAUCGAUUUUGAGGGACCAGAUGAUCUUGAGAUGAAUAGCAAAUCUUCACCACGAAGGUUUAAUGAAGAUGAGGAUGAUGAAGAUCACAGCAGUUUUUCUACGCUGGAUCACAUCCGCCACUUUAGCAUGGAGGACGGGGACCUUAGUGACGGUGAUGUCAGCAGCUUUGGCCCCGCCCACCUGCAAGAAGGCAUUAAACAGCCUCUGUACAGGAAGUCAAAGUCACAGGCAUAUGCAAUGAUGUUGUCUCUAGCUGAUAAGGAUCCACUCCACUCAUCUACCCAUAACACCUCGAUGUGGCACAGUUUGAACCACACUGCGGAACCCAGCACUAUUCAGUCUCUCAGUCAUGUAUGACACCCCCAUGUGACCUGAUUUAACAACAGUGUGUUUGUUACACUACAGCCGGAGUCCCUGCUCCUCACAUAUACACACACUUGCACAAGUGCCCAAAUCCUCAUACACACCCAUAUACUGUCCAUAACUGUACAUUAUCCCAUAUUCACACGCAAAUUAUUGAUCAUCUGUUUGAUUGACAUUUGAUUGAUUGAUUGAUUGAUUGAUUGAUUGAAGUACAGUCAGUAGAAAUGGUAAUUUUGAUGGUGAUAAUGAAGACGAUGAUGACAAUAUUAGUGAUACAUAAUAAUAAUUAUAAUUGUAUUUAUUCUGUCAAUGUUUUGCACAACAGUGACAACUGGUGAACAGUUUUUAAGAUUGCUAUUGAAACGUUGGUGUCAUGUUUGUGAGUUUUGUCCGUUAAAACAGAUGGUUACUAAGAGUAACAGCUGAUAGUCUUCCACAAGAUAAAUGUGAUUCCAGACUAUUUAGGCACAAAAGCCUACCGACCUGUAAAUAUAGCAGAAUUAACAUUGUCACACACGUAAACACACAUACACACAAAAACUAAAAUGCAAACACAGACAAAUACAAAAAUGUGUGUUUUUCAAGCAUUUUACCAGUUUCUUUUAGGUCUUGUAUAAAUACGUGCAAGUUUACAAACGUAUAAAAAGGGUGGGGGGUGGGGGGUGGGGGGGGGGUGCAGGGAGUUAGCGGUUUUCAUUUAAGAUAUUAUCGAGGAGUUUGUGAAUUUAAAACUUAAACAUACAAAAAAAGGUGUGACCUUUAGACCUCACUGACGCUGCUUUAAAAAAAAGGUGAAAGGAGCAAGACGGUGACUAUUCAAGUUCUGUCCAAUUAAAGCACUGCAUUACGUUCAGCCCAUUUUCCUGCCAGUUUAUGCGAAAACAUGCUUUCUUUUUCUUUAAGGGGAAUGAGCGGUUGUAAAACAAAAAAAGGCUAGAAAAAUCUCUUAUGUUUUCUUUUCUAAACUGAGAAAAUAAACAAGUAGAAGAACUGUAGAUUUUGUGAGAAGGGCAUUCUGUUGUUUCCAUGGUAACCCUUUCCAUUAGUAGGCGAUUGAUACCACUAAAUAGCCUGAGUUCUAGUCUUUAGCUACAUCAUCCUCGUGUGUCUUUCAUACAUAGACAAUCAUGGCUUCAUUGUUUUGUUUUGUUUUCUCCCUUGUUGUUUGUUUCUGUCUUUCUUUCUUGGUUGAUGUCGUCAAUGUUGUAGCUGUGUAUCUUGAAAGUUGUAUUUAUUUCUCUGCAAACUGUAGUUUGUUUACUGAAUAGCACUGCUCUCAAGCACCCCUUGUGGUGAAAUGAAGAAUUUAUCACUGAAAAUUUGGGGGAAGAGACUCCAAGGUCUCCUGGGUUUUACAAUGUCUAAAUGCCAGAUAGUAUUAAACAUACCAUCACAGCUUAUAGGCCUACUUCUAAUAAAAUUGGUAAAUUAUAUAGAUAUUAAUUAGUUUUUUGUUUUUUUGUAUGACAAAUUAAUGAUUUAACUGUAAAAUACAAAAAGGAGAAAACAGAGGAAAAAAAGGAAAGAGUAAAAGCUGAUGUUAUUUCUUCAUAAAAACGCAUGAUUGGUCCGAGCUGUAACUGACAUUUUCAAUGGUUGUCUGCAAGCUUGUGUGAUGUUUCGGUCCAUGUUGAUUUUUUGUGCCAAACCUAUGACAAAUUCCAGAUUGUGUUUAUCCUCACAAGGUGAAGGACCAGAUCUUUCCUAUUACACAUUUCUUUUUUUUUCUUUUUUUGUUGAUGUUUAUAAUCUCAUUUUUGAAAGUAAUCAGUGAGUUGAGGUACUUCUGUUUUAAUGCUUUCUACAAUGUAACUGUAUUGCAUUAUAAUUCAAUACUGUGGAUGGAGUUCUUGACAAAUAAAGAACUCCUGUGUGGGCGGACUGUGCACUCACCUACU